AUGAGCGAGCCUCUGGCGCAGCAGAUCAUUCUGCUGCAAACUAUCGAGCGAAGUCUCACUAAUUUUAAGAAGAUCGGCAAGAACAAUUACACUGCCGCAAAAAUUCGGCAACGGAUCGGGACCUUGAAGGAGAACUGGACUACCUGUGUGAACAAACACGCCAACCUCGUGCAGAUCGUCCCACUAGAGCAACGAGCUAACAUCAGCUACUUCCGAGACGCCGAGUUCGAGCGUCACCAGGAGAUUUACGAAGGCACGCUGGACUACAUGGCCGACUGCCUCGAGGAGCUGGAACCUGCACCAUCGAUGUCAUCGUCUCCGCUGCAUCCGAUGAGUACAAUAGAUCGUUCAUCUUUCUCGCUCACGCAUUUACCGCCGAUUAAACUCCCGCCCUUUUCCGGGAACCUCGAUGAAUGGGAAUCUUUUCGAGAUCGAUUUACUUCGCUUAUUAUUCAAAACCAAGAUCUCACUCCCUUUUCGCGUAUGCAUUUUUUAGCCUCAAGCCUUACUGGUCGCGCGUUAGAUACCAUUAAAUCUAUUCCGAUUACUGCUACGAAUUUCGAGAUCGCGUGGAAAACACUCGCCUCACGCUUUGAUAAUAAGCGCCGAUUAGUCGAAGUGCACGUAUCCGCCUUAUUCGAUCUUCCGACGGCUACGCGCGAGUCCGCGUGCGAACUCAACAAACUUCGCGACAAAGCGAAUCGGGCUAUCGCCUCGCUGAGAGCUCUUCAGCGGUCGCCCGAGGAGAUGCUCAGUGACAUUCUCGUUCACUGCGUGUCGCAAAAAUUGGAUCAUGCUACUCGGAAGGCAUGGCGAUUGAAAACCGGUGAGGACCCGCAAAUUCCGUUGUUCGAAGCUCUCGAUCGGUUCCUCGAGAUGCGUGUUCGCGCGCUUGAAGAAUUGUCACCGUCGAAAGCGGAAAAAAUGCGUGGGCAAAAGGUGUCAAGCGCGUCAGCGACCGUUUCAAAACUCGCGUGUCCUUUGUGUCAAGCUGCGCAUUUUUUGAGUAAAUGCCCGCAAUUCUUGAAGAAGACGCCGAGUCAGCGAUCUGAACUCAUUAAAUCAGCACAUCGCUGUAUUAAUUGUUUGAGCUCGAAGCACGCCGUGCAAGCGUGCCCGAGCAAAUACUCAUGUCGAAUCUGUCAAAAUAGACAUCACUCGAUGCUACAUUCUGACUCGACCUCUUCUUCUAGCAAUCCAAACUCAACGACCGUGUUAAACGCGACGUCGGAUAAAAAAGAAAACGACUCAGUAACGGCACUAUUUUCUACUUCGACGGUAACCGCGCGCAAAAAUGUACUACUCGCGACCGCCCGUGUUGCUGUUUUUUCUCCGUCGGGUCGUACACUCAACGUGCGAGCGCUCCUUGAUCAAGGCUCAGAAAUCACCUUUAUCACAGAGCGUCUCGCUCAAAAUUUAAAAUUGCAACGCGUUCGAUUGCCUCUUUCGAUUUCCGCCGUCGGCGGCGUAGAUGCGGGCACUUGUCGUUUCGCCGCUCAAGUCAAGAUCGCUCCGAUCAAUUCUAACUCACCGGUGUUAACGACGACCGCGUCGAUACUCAAAGUUUUAACUAAAUACUCGCCAUCAAAGGCAUUCUCUCUGUGCGAUUGGAGCUAUCUUCAGGAUCUUGCGCUCGCGGAUCCGACUCCCGUCAGUGCCGAAUCUAUCGACCUCAUCAUCGGUGCGGACCUUUAUCCCGAAUUAUUGCUCGACGGUAUUCGGAAGGGAACGAGCGGACAACCGAUCGCCCAGCGGACGAUCUUCGGCUGGGUCCUCUCAGGCCCCACGUCGGAUGCCGGUGCGCCGCAUCGAUCGGUUACCGUGCAGCAUUGCGCGAGCGCGGAUAAUCUCGAUCGAGAACUCAGAUGUUUCUGGGAAGUCGAAGAAGUGCCGCGUCGCGCGCUUCUCAGCCCAGAAGAACAACAGUGCGAACAGCACUUCGCACAAACACAUUCGCGCGAUGCUGACGGUCGGUACGUCGUGCGUCUGCCGUUCAGGCGCGGUCCACCAAUCGACAUUGGUGAAUCGCGUUUUAUCGCCGAGCGUUCACUCUCCAGUCUUCACCGACGAUUUCGGUCGAACGCUGUUCUCAAAUCCGAAUACGUCGAUUUCUUGCGCGAAUACGAAGCGCUCGGUCAUAUGCGUCAAAUUCCGGAUUCCGUUCUUUCCGCUCAGCACGUAUAUAUUCCGCAUCAUCCUGUCAUCCGAGACAGCAGUCUCACUACGCGAUUGAGAGUCGUUUUUAACGCGUCAAGUCGAACGACAAACUCGACUUCGUUAAACGAUCAUUUGCAUGCAGGUCCGAAACUCCAGACGGAGUUACCUGCAGUGAUCUUGCGAUGGCGGCAAUUCCGGUAUGUAUAUGCGGCGGACAUCGCGAAGAUGUACCGCCAAAUCCGUGUUGACUCUCGUGACAUCGACUUCCAGCGAAUCUUAUGGAGCGCCGGCUGCUCAGAUACCGGGCAGUCCUAUCAACUGACCACGGUUACUUACGGGACAGCGUGCGCGCCCUUUCUCGCUCUUCGGGUUAUACAACAGCUCGUGACGGACGAAGGCAGCUCGUUUCCUCUUGCCGCGCCGGUCCUGCAUGAGAACAUCUACGUCGAUGAUGUUCUGUUCGGUGCCGAUGAUAUUCCGCUUCUCAAACAAACUCGCGAUCAGGUCUGCGCUUUGCUCGGUCGGGGACGGUUCGAAUUGAGAAAAUGGUCGAGCAAUUCCGCUGCUCUGCUGAACGAUAUCGAGGUCGACAACCACGGCCUCGCGUGCGAUCGCACUCUUCGAAUCGACGAACAUCUAAGAAUCUUAGGCAUAAGCUGGAGCCCAUCUUCCGAUAUGUUUCACUUUACCGUAACUCAUAUUCCGUCCGUUUCAAAAACCAAGCGGUCAAUACUCUCGUACGUUGCCAAAUUGUUUGAUCCAAUGGGGUGGUGCACGCCAGUAACAAUCGCUGCCAAGAUCUUUAUGCAACAAUUGUGGCAGCUUAAACUCAACUGGGACGAUGUCCUUCCGACUGACGUCCGGCAAAAGUGGGAAGCCCUUCAGGCCUCACUUGCCGAUCUCCACGGUCUCCAACUGAAUCGAUGGAUUCAGCGAGGGUCUGACACUGUCCGCUGCGAAUUGCACGGAUUUUCUGACGCGUCCACUCACGCAUACGCAGCGGCCGUGUAUCUUCGGCUCACUUCUCUCUCUGGCGAAAUCUCUUCUCACUUGCUAAUAGGCAAGUCAAAGGUCGCUCCGAUCAAGUCCCUCAGUAUUCCUCGGCUGGAAUUAUGCGCAGCCGGAUUGUUGGCUCGACUACUCGAAUUCGUGCGAACCACUCUUGGUCUCGCCACCUCCCCGUGCUAUUGCUGGACAGACUCAACUGUCGUUUUAGCGUGGGUCACGCAACAACCGGCCAAAUGGAAGACGUUCGUCGCGAAUCGCGUAUCAGAGAUACAAUCGCGCGUUCCGAACGCGGUGUGGAACCACGUUCCCACCGAUGAAAAUCCCGCACAUUGCGCAUCUCGCGGAAUCGCCGGGUCUCUCCUUCGAACUCACCCACUCUGGUGGUGCGGCCCCGCAUGGUUGCGUAACCCGAUCGACGAGCCGUCGACUUCUCGAUCGCACAAUUUCGAUACUCAAAUCGAACAAAAGGAGAGUAUUCAGUCUCAUUUAGCUUCGACGGAACUUGACUGCGACUUUACGAUGAGAUUUUCGUCGUGGCCUCGGUUAAUUCGCGUAACAGCGUAUAUAAUGCGCUUCAUCAAUAAAACUCGGAAGCAGUCGAUUCCCGUUGACGACGUUAGGGAGAACACACUAGCGUUAUCAGCCCGCGAAUGUCAACUCGCGAAAGAGUUUGUUCUGAGACGGAUUCAGAAAGAGCUCUUCCCUCUCGAGUUCGCUGCGCUCACAAGUCAACGAGCCAUAUCCUCGAAAAGCUCGAUUCUGUCGCUCAACCCUUUCCUCGGCGAGGAUGGAUUAAUCCGUGUUGGCGGGCGGCUUUCGCACGCGCCGCUUUCCUUUUCCGUUAAACACCCGAUUAUUCUUGCCUCGCAUCCGCUAGUCGCUUUGGUUCUGUAUCACGUGCAUUUAAAAUCUCUACACGCAGGUCUACAAUUAACGCUCGCUACGCUACGACGCGAGUAUUGGGUCCUGCGCGCCCGAAGUCUCGCCAAACUCACUAUUUUUCGCUGCGUUAUUUGUACUCGAGAAAGGGCCACGAUUCCUUUCCAACAGAUGGGUGAUCUGCCUCGCGUGCGGGUGACUCCUCCCGCACGCGCUUUUCUCAAUUGCGGACUGGAUUACGCUGGUCCGGUGCUCGUACGAUCCUUGUCUGGUCGCGGAAUCCCGUCACGAAAAGCGUAUAUCGCGAUUUUUAUUUGCAUGGCGACUCGCGCCAUUCAUUUGGAGCUCGUGGAGGGCUACUCAACCUCAGCGUUUAUCGGCGCGUUUUCUCGAUUUUGCGCUCGACGCGGCCUGCCCUCGGCCAUGUAUUCAGAUAAUGGCACGAAUUUUGUGGGCGCCGAACGCGAGCUUACCGCCGCGUUUCGCGCAGCUAUCAGGGACCCGGACUUUCUCAAUCGAACCGCUUCCGAUCGAAUCACGUGGCACUUUAUGCCACCUUCCGCUCCUCAUUUCGGCGGAUUAUGGGAGGCGGGAGUACGGAGUGUAAAGCACCAUCUCCGUCGAGUGAUUGGGGCUCAUACUCUCACAUUUGAGGAAUUCUCAACAGUCUUAUGCAAUGUGGAGGCGUGUCUCAAUUCCCGACGGCUCGCUCCUCUCAACGACUCGGUCGACGAUUAUGAACCGUUAACUCCCGGGCAUUUUUUGAUCGGCUCGGCCCUGACCGCAGUUCCCGAACCUUCCGUUUUGAAUCUUCGCGAAAAUAGACUGUCGCGCUGGCAACUCGUGCGCCAGAUCUCAGAAAGAUUCUGGAAGUUAUGGCUUGACGACUAUGUAAAUACGUUACAACAGCGCGUCAAGUGGAAACGACCUGCCAAAACCGAGAUCCGCGUCGGUCAACUCGUCUUAUUGCGUAACCCUCUACUUCCCCCUUGCAAAUGGGAGCUCGCUCGCGUACUACGAUGUCACACGGGUCAAGACGGAUUAACUCGCGUUGUUACGGUGAAGACUGCGGCGUCCGAGUAUAAGCGACCGAUUAAUAAGCUAUGCCUGCUUCCAAUCGAUAUCGAGAAGCUGGAGCCUCCGACGUAA